AUGAAUUACUAUCAAGGAAGAAAUGUUAUUGAUGAAUCAACUAUUAUUCCAUUCGAUCUUGGGUCUCUUAUUAUUUGUGUUCAUUGUGAAGCAAAGAAAUUUAAAGGAGAAUCAAGUGGUUUUUGUUGCAAUAAUAAAAAUGUAAAAUUAGCUGAUACAGAAUCCCCUAUUGCUCUACAAAAUUUAUUUGUUAGAAUGAAUAAAAUUGGUUAUGACCUCCGCAAUAAUAUUCAAGCUUACAAUAGACUUUUUGCUUUUACUUCCAUGGGUGUUCAUCUAGACCAAUGUCUUGCUAAUGGAAAAAAUGGUGUUUAUACUUUCCGUACACAAGGAUCUAUAUAUUAUGCAAUCGGUUCUCUUCUUCCACCUGUUGAAGACUCUCCCAAAUAUUUACAAUUAUAUAUAUAUGAUACAGAACAUGAAGUUAAUAAUCAUUUACAAAUAAUGCCUAAUCUUCGCAGAGACACUAUUGAAUUGAUAAAAAAUGUUCUUAAUGAAGUUAAUCCUUUUGUUGUGGCUGCUAUUUGGGCUGAAGAUAGUGACCCAUAUGAAUUUCAAAAACGAA